UCACAGAAAGGGUGAUUUGGCACUGGGAUGGGCUGUUCAGGGAGGUGGAGUGACCCUCCUCCCGGUACUGAAGGAAAGACUGGAUGUGGCACCUGGUGCCAUGGUGUGGUUGACAAGGUGGUGUUCCGUCAGAUUGGACUCGAUGGUCUCGGUGCUCUUUUCCAACCUCACUGGUUCUGUGACUCUAUGAUUUAUUUCAGAGUUGCACAAGCCCAGCUGCCGGGUGGUGUCCCACAGAUCCGCUAUCAAUUUUUUACUGUGUAUACACUUCGGCAAGCAGCGGCACUAACGCUCCCGGCACCCUCCACUGCCAGCACCGACUGCGCUGCGUGGCGCCCGCCCGACGUCACUUCCCGGGGCCGCGGGGCCGCCCUGCCGGCCGCGCUCCCCAUGCCGGCGGCGGGGGCUGGCGGGGCGGGCGGCGGCGGCGCCUCGGCGGCGCUGGGCGACGCCGGCGCCAUCGACUACUCGGUGCACGAGGCGUGGAACGAGGCCACCAACGUGUACCUGCUGGUGGUGCUGGCCAGCCUGGCCCUCCUCGUCUACGCGCGGCGGAACAAGAGGAGGAUCAUGCGCAUCUUCACCCUGCCCCCGGCCGCCGAGACGCCGCCCGAGCCCAACUUCUACGACAGCAUGAAGAAGAUCCGCCUGCGGCAGCAGCUGGAGAUGUACUCCAUCGCAAGGAAGUAUGAACAGCAGCAGCAGCCACCGAAACAGACUGAAAGCAUACAGCUCUCAGUGGAAUGAAGCCCACAGUUCUGUAGGAACUCAGGACAUAUGUCCAGUGCUGAUUUUGAGAGUCAAUGUGGAGCUAUUUUCAAUGCUUUUAAAUUGAUACAUAGCUGAAGGCAAGGGGGAAAGGAAGGGGACUGUCCCUAAAACUUUGUUCUUAGUAGCUUUUCUCUGAGCCCUCAUGAGGUAAAGCGAGUGCCCACUGGAACAUUCAGCAUGAAAUUCCCCAGCACAGAGGAACCUGAGGGUAGGGAAGUGCAGUUUUAGCAGUGUCUGAAAUUAUUUCUCUCUCUGCUGGCACCUUGGAAAUCAGCUCCUACCUUCUCUGGGAACAGCACCCUAGAGAAAGCAAGACAGUACCAAUCUGCCUUGUGUUCCUUGAUCAUGAAUUGUUGAAUUUGCUGAAUACAGUCAGUAAGUGUGAAUAAAGGCACUGUGACUGUACUGCCUGGUGAAGGUGAACAGCUUUGAGAGUCCAGAGUGUCGCUGGUGGUAGUGCAGAAAAGUUCUGCUCUCUGUUUAUUUGGGAGUUGUGUGUGCAACACUGUGAACGUUUCCUGGAGAAACUUUGAGAAGGACACCCCGUGAACUACACGUCUAGAAGACACUUAAGGCCACUAUUCUAAUGUUAAUAGCAAAGGUGGUUAGCUUAAUUUAGUCAAAUUGCUGUAAAGAAUGGGUCUGUCUGUAAAAAUCCAUAUAAGCAGGUCACACCUUACCCUGUGUAUUGUGAAGAGACUUCACAAUACAGUUAUUUUUUCUUUCUAGGUAAAUCUCAAAAUCAGUUAUUUGAAAGGAUUCUGCAGAAAUUAUUUUUUAAUAAAAGCAUCUAAUAAUGAAAACUA